UGCAUAAUCCCCGGCUUGACAGACGAUAGAAGAGGACUCUGCCUAAUUACGAUACGUGAGACAAUAAUUAGCAAAUAAUUAAGCAUGAUUCUUAGAUUCUUACCGAGAACGUAGCAAUCUCCCACUCCAUAUAAGUACACUAAUGCGCAAAUCCGAAAAGUGGGGGCUAAGUGAACAUUUCCAAGAAUUUUACACCCCUGCAUCUAAUAAGCGCGCUCGCCGCAAGAGGCGCUGCCCAAUCGAACGUCACCAGGACGGAAAACGAUCUAGACCAUGGACCAAUCCGGUCUCUUCGGGCGUUUUCGGGUGUUUUCGGCCAGGUGUCUUCUAUUCAAGCGUUGAAAAGAGCCCAGUCGGCGGAAACGGAAGUUAGAGACAGUGGACUGUCUCGGCUCUCUCUCUCGGUCAAGUUGCUGAGCUUGUUUUAGUUUCCAGAGCACUUGAGGCUCAGUCAUACGCAUACGCUGUCUUCAGCUUUUAUCUAUUGCUUUGAGUUAUUAUUUUUUAUUUUUUCGGUUUUUAAAUCUUACCAAUGCCAAAAUAUUCUUUUUUGUUGUUUCGUUAUUUUUUUUUAAUAUUUUAGCUAUAAUUCAUCAUGACUGACGAUUCUAGUGUAAGAGUUGCUGUGAGGAUAAGGCCUCAAGUAGCUCGCGAGGUGAUUGACAUGUGUCGAAUAUGCACACAAGUGCCGGCGGGGGAGCCCCAGGUAUUCUUGGGGGCCGACAAAGCCUUCACGUACGACUACGUAUUCGACACAGGUGUCGAGCAGAAGAACAUAUACGACAAUUGCGUCGCUAAAUUGGUGGAAGGCGCCUUGGACGGGUACAAUGCCACUGUCCUGGCCUACGGACAAACCGGCUCCGGAAAAACUUACACCAUGGGCACCGGGUUCGACAUCGAGAUUGGUGAUCAUGUUGUGGGAAUCAUUCCCCGGGCGAUCAGACAUCUUUUUGAUGGCAUCGCUGCUAAGCAGGCUAGGGCAAGGGAGCGUGGUCACAUGCCUCCGGAGUUCAAGGUAACAGCCCAAUUCCUCGAACUCUACAAUGAAAACCUGAAAGACUUGCUCGAACCCGGCGGGCCAAGCGGAGGUGCCCGAAUCCACGAGGACACCUCAGGAAACAUCCACCUGACCGGUGUUGAACCUCGAGUAGUAACAAGCCCGGAGCAAGCCCUGGAAUACCUUCGCCUAGGCGCCCUGGCGCGAACAACGGGUCCGACUCAAAUGAACACGCAAUCCUCAAGAUCCCACGCAAUUUUCACUUUGUUCAUCAAGCAGCAGCGUUGCAUCCGGGUGGAAGACCCUGACGCGGACGUAGACACAAGCGACCCAAUGAACGAAUUCGAGACUCUUACCGCCAAGUUCCACUUCGUAGAUCUCGCAGGUUCCGAGCGAUUAAAGCGUACCGGCGCCACCGGAGACCGCGCUAAGGAAGGAAUCUCCAUAAAUUGCGGACUUCUGGCUUUAGGGAACGUAAUUUCUGCAUUGGGGGACAAAAGCAAGAAGAGUUUGCACGUGCCUUAUCGAGAUUCAAAGCUGACUCGUCUCCUGCAAGAUUCUCUCGGCGGGAAUUCUCAAACUUGCAUGAUAGCUUGCAUUUCUCCCAGCGACAGGGAUUUUAUGGAGACUCUGAGCACGCUGAAGUACGCGAACCGCGCAAGGAACAUCAAGAACAAGGUGACGAUCAACCAGGACAAGAGUUCGAGGACAAUCGCGUCCCUGCGCCGGGAAAUUCAGCAGCUUCAGCUGGAACUUCUGGAAUUCAGGCAAGGAAAGCGCGUCGCUGGAGAAGAUGGUGUUAAUGACGCCUGGCAUGAGACCCAGAUGCUCAACAGCGAGAUGCAGAGUCUCCGGACUCGGGUCAAAGCUUUGUCCGAGACUGUAGAAGCUUUAACAGCGAAAAACGCGCUAUUGCUUGCGGAAAAAGCCGCGGGCCAAUGGGUCUCUUCGGGAAAUGAAGACGCAUCCCAAUUGGUCUUGGGUUAUGUCCAAGAAAUUGAAGAGUUGAGGGCCAGGUUGCUUGAAGCGGAAGCUAUGUACCAGCAGCUGAAGAAAAGACAGCAAGUGGCGCCACAUGCGGAGUAUGGGUUUGAAGCGCCGUCCAUUUUGGACACCGCGAAGAAAGCGCUGCAGCAGGAUAUUAAUAAACUGGACGCUUUGAAGGAACAGACGGCCAGUAAGGAGGAUGAAGAGGAUCCUGAUGGGGACAAUACGGAAAAUGGGCAAGAGUCUUUGAGUGAAGAUGAGUCUGAUGAGGAAGAUAGGAAGGAGGAGGAUGAAGAAAUGGCUAUGGGAAGGGAGUUAGAGGCGCUUACUUCGGAUAUUGAUGUGAAGCAGAGGUUGAUUCAGGAGCUGGAGAUGUCUCAUAAGAGGCUCAUUUCUAUGAAGCAGCACUAUGAAGAUAAGCUGGCGCAGCUGCAAGCUAGGAUUAAGGACACUCAGGAGGAGAGGGAUAAGGUCUUGAACUCGCUUCAGCAGCAGGCUUCGCCGCCGACUGAGAAGGUUAAGAAACUGAGAGACGAAUACGAAAAGAAGCUAACAUCGCUGCAGAAAGAAAUGAGAAUCUUGCAAUCAGCAAAGAAAGAGCACGCGCGUUUGUUAAAAAAUCAGACACAGAGUCAGAUGCGACUGAAGAGCCUGCACAAAGAAUUACAGGACAUGAAGCACGCGAAGGUAGAACUUUUACGAAAAAUGCGAUUGGAGAGUCAGCGACACAAAGACAGCGAGCUGCGUCGGAACCGUGAGAUCGCCCAGCUCAGAAAAGAAAGCCGUAAGAAUGCGAACAUGAUCCGAACCCUUGAAGCCGACAAGCGGAUGAAGGAAGUCGUCCUCCGGCGGAAGCAGGAAGAAGUCACAGCACUCAGAAAGCGCGACAGGGGACUCAGCGAGAAGGUCGCAGGGCGAACUCCCACGAAGCUUGGAUCAAAAAGUCUCAAGUCCAGGUGGCAGACCCUCGAGAGGACCAUCACCAAGCACACGCUAGUGAAGCAAGCCGCUGCGGAGACAGAGCGCGAGAUGGAGAGACUGUUAGCAGAGAGGGAGCAGUUGGGUCAUGACCUGGAACAGUUGGAGAAGAACAGAGCCGUCUUCGCGGCUGCUAAUGAAGACACGAGCUACUUUGAUGAUGAUAUUGAUAAUGUUAAGAGCAAGAUCUCCUACGUUCAGGACAGCAUUGCCGAGUGCCAGAGGGACAUGGUCGAAGUUGGAGAUUGUGAUAUUGAAGGAGAACCUGGUGUUGAAGCGCUCGUCUCUUCGAUUAAGAGCGUUGAAGAAGCGCAGUAUCUGAUGCAGAAGAUGCUAGGGUUCAUUGUGGAUCAGAGCUGCACUGCUGCUCAGAAACAGCUCGAGUUCAGGGACAUGGAGAGCAGGUUGAAUCAGGUCACGCAGCAGAGUGAUGUUCAGCAUCAGUUGCUUGAACAUGUUAUGCGCGAUAGAGAGCUGUUCGCUUUUAAUAACGAGGGAAAUUACAGCCCUUCCAUAUCGAGGUCUUCGUCAUCAGAUAUCAGUGAAACCUACCGAGAAACCGAGGGCAAGCGCGUAAAGGCUCGCCAACGCAAGCUCCAGCGGAACGACCUUCUUUUCGGUACCACCGACUCCAAAGAUCAUCAGAACCAGAACCAGAACCAGAACCAGAACCAGAACCAGAACCAGAACCAGAACCAAAACCAAAACCACAACCACCCGCUGACGCGCGUCCCCAGCGCGCCUGGAAGCCUAAAGGGGUUGGUAUUAACGCGAGGACAGCAUGGCGGAUCUCCAACACUCGCUAGGCGGGAUAGCACCUCUCCGCGGCCAUUGCGUCGGCCGCACCAUGGACUGGGCGGUUCCAUGGAACAGGUGGCGCAAAUGGAGAUUUCUUCGCCACCUGGAUCGCCUACCAUCUAUAGGCGAUUCAAUAGUCGUGAAGAAAAUGUCUUCUCGAGGCUAACUGCCGCUAGACAACCACUGAUGACAGAUCCGCAACCAAGCAAGGGUAUUAUAUCACCGUACCCUGGGAAAGUUCAACCACGAGCGAUGUUACAGUGCAGCCACGUAGCGGAAGGUCACGGUAAAGCUGUUCUGGCUAUUGACGUUACACCUAAUCUAUUAUUCAGCGGCUCGAAAGAUCGAACGGUCAAAGUAUGGGACCUUGGAACGGGUUUGGAGAACAUGACGUUGUCAGGUCACCCAAACAAUGUAGUAGCUGUGAAAUAUUCACGGCUCAAUAACUUACUAUUCAGUGUCUCAGCGGCUUACGUCAAAGUCUGGGAUUUGAGAGCUGCAAAUUCGUGUGUAAAAACUCUGUUUUCUUCGGGACAGUCCCAAAAUGGGUCACUGUCCCACGCAACCCCUUCAAGAACGCUGCAACUGCCAGUAGGAGAGAAUGCAAUCAACGAUUUGGCACUUAGUCUCGAUGAACAUGAGCUGUAUACUACUUCAAGCGACAAAGUAAAGACCUGGGACCUUCGGAAGUUGACCAACACUGGCAGAUUUAAUACGCCUCAUAAUGCUGCAGUAAUGUGUCUCGCGGUGGCUAAUGACGGCAGGAUUAUCACUGGUAGUAAAGAUCAUCUGAUUUCGCUGAUUGAUAAGAACACUUCAAUACAAGCAGUUAGUCUUGCUCCGCCACAUUAUGACGGAGUUGAGUGUCUUGCUCCUAGUGGAUCAAUACUUUUCUCAGGCUCUAGGGAUAUGUGUAUAAAGCGUUGGGACUUGAGCAAAAUGGAACUAGUGCAAUCUAUAAAUAACGCCCAUAAAGACUGGAUCCUGGGUCUCUGUACAAUAAACGCCGGUUCUGUAAUGAUUUCCGGCUGUCGAGGAGGAAUUCUUCGGUUCUGGUCAGUAUCCCGAGAAUCAACGGGUGAAUGCAAUCUUCUUGGAGAAGUUCGGGCCCACGAAUCAGCGAUAAACGCGGUGGUGACCAAUCAACAGCAUAUUUUCACCGCCAGCAACUCGGGAGAAAUUAAGCUCUGGCGAGUCCCAGAUCCUUUUCCCUUGAUGUCAAUGUCCACAAUGUCCAUCUAGCUCUUGCUGAUUUGCCUGACUAAUUAUUUUGCUUUUUUAUCAUUGUUAUAUUCAUAAUCAUUAUCAUUAUCAUAAGCUUAUUUAUUUAAUUAUUUGCACUCAUCAAUUCAUUAUUAUUCAUGCAUCACUUUUUUUUCCUUUUGCAUGGGAUUUAUUAUUCCGCUGAUGAUCAACAACACUCGCCGAUCAGUGAUGGAACUAUAAGACUCUGGAGCUAUUUCAAUAAACGUGACCAGCCACGUACCUUUCAGCGAAGCAACUCCUUAAAAUGCUAACAGUUACCACCAAUGGAAACUGUAACUGUCGACAGAAUUAGUAAUCAAGAUAAUAAUGAGUAUUUGAUUUAAUUACUGGCCUAUAUUGGGGUUAGUUCAUUGCAUUUAUCCGUUCUGUAACGACUCGAGGAUUUUUAUUCUUUUAUAUUUAUUUUAUUUCUUAUUUAUAUAUAUGAUGUUCCUGGAACGGAUCAUGUUCCUGAAACGGAUCAUGUUCCUGGAACUAAACAUUUUCUUAGAACUGAUUAUGUCCCUAGAACAGACCAUGUUCCUAGAACUGAUCAUGUUCUAGGAACUGAUCUUGUUCC